CGUCGCGUAGCUCGCAUGGACGCAGAAAUAAGAUAAACAACCUUUUGAAAUGCUGUUCUUUUGCACAUCCAAGACUUCAAGAAACUUACAAAAGACACAAUGCGAUCAUACAGUCAGGAUUUAAGUAAAGGACUCGAGAAUGUUCCGGUUAUGAUUGAGAAAAGUGUUCCGCAGGAAGCUUUUGCUAACUUCCAGUAUGUACCAGAGAAUGUACAAGGAUCGGGCUGCGACCUUGACCCGAGUGCGAUCACGCUUCCAGGCUGCUCUUGUCGUGCCCAUUCAUGCCUGCCCGACUCCUGUUCCUGUCUGAGGUUUGGCCAGACGUACGAUAGGGGAGGACUUUUAAAUCGACUUCGAGAAGAGGACGGCUACAGCAGACCUGUAUUCGAGUGCAACGUCUUGUGUGCCUGCGGCGAAUCAUGUCAGAACCGUGUUGUUCAAAAGGGCAUCGAAGUUCACCUGGGUGUCUUCAGCACCAAAGACAGGGGCUUGGGUGUGGAAACUUUAGAGCGCCUCCCCCGUGGCCAUUUCGUAUGCGAGUACGCAGGGGAAAUAAUCGGCCCCCACGAGGCACGUCGCAGGCAGCUCUCACAGACUCCCAAACAUAUGAACUACAUUAUAGCUGUUCAGGAGCACAGCGGAGGAGACAGGGUCACCCAGACGUUUGUAGACCCAGUGACUGUUGGGAAUGUAGGCAGGUUCAUCAACCACUCCUGCCAGCCCAAUCUGGUCAUGGUGCCAGUACGCGUGCACUCACUGUUACCCAGACUCGCUUUAUUUACGAACCGAGAUAUAGAGCAAUACGAAGAACUGACCUUUGACUAUUCAGGAGCGCUAAAUGGCAACACAAAAAUGUCAAAUGAGACUCAAAGUGAUGUCAAAGUGCUACAGAGAAAAGCAUGUCACUGUAAAGCACCAAAUUGUUCAGGCUUUUUACCAUUAGAUAUUUCAGUUCUUUAUUAAAAGAAUCUUUAAACUGCUUGUCAAUAUGUUGAAUGUUAUAUAAAGUAUCUUACACCGUAACUAUUUCAUUUAGAUCCGUCUACAUUUGUCACUGGACCUGUAGCCCACAGGGUAAUAAGCAAUUAAAAAGCACCCGUGGGACUUUUAAUAUAGUAACUGCUGUUAGUCUCCUGCCACACAUGACGUGCGAGUGACCCACAUCAUCCAAACGUCACCCUUAAAUCUGCCCCCCUCAUCUACAUCUGCCCCAUUUUCACUCCAGCCCCACUUUCAUCUUCACAAUAUUAAUAUCUACAUCUGGGUUAAUUAGCACAGAGACCAGAAACCAGAGCAAAGCGCAAGGCAUGCUGGGAAGAGACAGAUGGAUUCCAUCUUUCUUUGUCGGUUUCUCCAUAUGCAUCAGGUUAAACUGCAACUGGACAUUUCCGUUUGCUGUUCAUUGUGGAAAUUUUAGUUGGUAAAUAAAUCCUGCAGGAGCUUUAUCAUAACGCUAUUAAAUUGUAUCAUUUAUUAUGUAAGUUGCUGUUUUAUUUUAUGUUGUGUUUCUAUAGCUCACCUCAACUGGUAAAGCUUUGCACAAACAAUGUUAAAAUCAUAGUUAUGAUUUCCAGAGAGAAAAAUUAAUUUAUUAAAUGUUACCUUAAAUAUAUGCCAAAUAGCUUGUGGAAACCAAAUGUAAGUUUAAGAAUCGCUAACGAAAAAAAAAAUAAGCAAUUGACCUCUUUCAAUAUAGGGGUUGGGGGGUGGGUUACACUGUCAGAAAAGGAUUAUUAGGAACACCUGUUCAAUUUCUCAUUAAUGCAAUUAUCUAAUCAACCAAUCACAUGGCAGUUGCUUCAAUGCAUUUAGGGGGUGUGGUCCUGGUCAAGACAAUCUCCUGAACUCUAAACUGAAUGUCAGAAUGGGAAAGAAAGGUGAUUUAAGCAAUUUUGAGUGUGGCAUGGUUGUUGGUGCCAGAUGGGCCGGUCUGAGAAUUUCACAAUCUGCUCAGGUACUGGGAUUUUCACAUACAACCAUUUCUAGGGUUUACAAAGAAUGGUGUGAAAAGGGAAAAACAUCAAGGCAACUUUGACUGAAAUAACCACUUGUUACAACUGAGGUAUGCAACAAAGCAUUUGUGAAGUCACAACACGCACAACCUUGAGGCGGAUGGGCUACAACAGCAGAAGACCCCACCGGGUACUACUCAUCUCCACUACAAAUAAGAAAAAGAGGCUACAAUUUGCACAAGCUCACCAAAAUUGGACAGUUGAAGACUGGAAAAAUGUUGCCUGCUUUGAUAAAUCUCGGUUUCUGUUGAGACAUUCAGAUGGUAGAGUCAGAAUUUGGCGUAAACAGAAUGAGAACAUGGAUCCAUCAUGCCUUGUUACCACUGUGCAAGCUGGUGGUGGUGGUGUAAUGGUGUGGGGAUGUUUUCUUGGCACACUUUAGGCCCCUUAUAAUGCUAAUUGGGCAUUGUUUAAAUGCCAUGGCCUACCUGAGCAUUGUUUCUGACCAUGUCCAUCCCUUUAUGACCACCAUGUACCCAUCCUCUGAUGGCUCCUCUGACUUCCAGCAGGAUAAUGCACCAUGUCAUAAUGCUCAAAUCAUUUCAAAUUGGUUUCUUGAACAUGACAAUGAGUUCACUGUACUAAAAGACAAAAUUAUUAUAUAAGAUUAUCGAGCUUUACUUUUGUAACAAGACAUAAAACUUUAACAUUACUCUACUAAAAGGAGCCGUUGUCCUUCAUUGCACUGCUAUAAAGAGUCACAUGAUCACGCGUGGUGUCCACCUGAGUUGAUGUCAUUUGCCAGCAUCGCAUUUUCAAUGAUGCCUGACACGUCUUGACAUGAGAAUAUCCAAUCUGUCCACUUGAUUCAUUUAUAUUUGUUUCAUUCCUUACACUUCUUUGUAAUUUCAUAUCUGAACCAUGUUGUUAACCAUUCAAUACGUCUGCCUUUGACAAAUGUCAUUUAUUUUUAUAUGUUGCAAGCCUAUUUUUUAUGUACAUUUGUUGACUUUCAUAAAAACAAAGAAUAAAAAUCAGAUCUGUCCACUUACAGAGCGGAGUCCGUGAAUGGGUGUAUCCGAUUCAUAUCCGAUUUAUUUCCAAAUAUGAAUGAGGCCUGAAACCGAUCUGAAAAU